CGUUUACUUUCCAGGCGAGUGGUAACAUCCAUCCCGUUGCCGGAGGACGAGCCCGGCGGCGAGUCACUUUCAUUCGUUGUGAACAAUUGGCACUAAGGCAAAUUGAAGAAGGGAACCCAGGUGAAGAAGCGCUUGGCUCUUGGUAAAGCUUCGUCUUUUCCGAUCGGAACUUACCUAAUGUGCUAGUUAAUUCGGUUCUUCCUCCCUGGAUACAUAUAUUCCGUUUGGUAUAGACUACCCCGAUCACUUCGUCUGGUGGGGUUUCUUGAGAUACUGUUUUGAAGGCUGAGAUGAGCUUUUCGACGGUGAGUAAUUUGGGUUCUCGCGUUGAUGUGACGAGAUUCCGGGGGAAAAGUGCUGCGGAGGUUGUUCAGUCUUCGAGUGGGAAAUGGAGGUUUGGUGCCAAUCUUAAUUGUCGGGAGUCGCUGCCUUGCCGCCGGAGGAAAAACUUGAUGUGUAAGAGUGAACUUGUUGAUUUCGACGAGAGGACGAGUCCGCAUGAGCGUAUUGUAUUAGCACCUCUGUGGAGUUGAAGGUUUGUUAGUCCGUUUGCUAGAUCAGAAAAGAGGUAGAGCGAUGUUACGAUCUAAUAAAUCGACUCGGAAGAGGAACUGUUUAUCUGGGUUCUUCACGAAUGGGACCGGAUCAUCCACAUUACUCGAAAGCAUUUGAGCUUGGGAGAGAGAUUGCUAAGCUUUUGGACUGCACAUCAUGGACAGGGGCUGGUCCAGGUCUAAUGGACGCUGCUACUAAGGGCGCAUUGCAAGCAGGAAAGCCUGUUGGUGGAUUCAAGAUAGGUAAAGAAGCUGGGGAAUGGACAGCCUCAAACUUUCAUUCUUACCUUCCCACAGAAACCUAUCUUACAUGCAGGUUCUUCUCAGCCAGGAAACACGGGCUAGUAGAUGCUGCAGUGAGGAACAAAGGUACUGAUCGGACUGCGGUGGUUGCUCUCCCAGGUGGGAUUGGUACUCUAGACGAGAUGUUUGAGAUACUAGCACUGAUUCAGCUGCAAAGGAUUGGGUCGGAGCUUCCAGUACCCUUCAUCGUGAUGAACUAUGACUCGUUCUACAAAAACCUGUUGGAGUUUCUAGACGAUUGCGAGUACUGGGGCACUGUUUCGAGAGGCGAGGUUGCAUCAUUGUGGAAGGUAUGCGAGAACAACUCGGAAGCUCUUGCUUACUUGGCUGGUUUCUACCAUCUAUCUCCCUUGGACUAAUAGUGAAAGGGCAUGAACCGUGAGGUCAGAAGUGCCACCUGACUUUUGAGUCAUCUUUGGCUAGUCUCAGGAAGCAUCUAUUCUUUUUUUUUCUUUUCUGAUGUUCUUUUUUGAACUGAAGGAAGUACCUAUUCUGAUUUGGAAUUGUGAAGAGCAAACAGAUGAGUGACCA